AAUCAAAAUGACCGUUUAAAUUAUGAACAAACAACUUUGUGAAAAAUGAAUUGUUCGUUCAUAGUAGUAGUACUAUUUUAAAUUUGAAUUGGCAUGUGAAAAAUUCUCUCUCCACUAAUUGCUGCCUUGAUCUCCAAUUAUCCCAUGGCGACGGCCACUUAUCCGCCGCCGCCGCCGUAUUACAGGCUCUACAAAAACUACACCGACGACCCCGAUUCCUGCCCCGCGCCGCCGCCUCCUAUUGAAGGCCCCUACUCCCUCUAUGGCGCCAGCUACACGACGGAUGACGUCCUUCCAGGUCUAGAAGAACAGGGCGUUCGUCAGUUAUACCCUAAGGGGCCCAAUAUUGAUUUCAAGAAAGAGCUCAGGUCUCUUAACAGGGAAUUGCAGUUAAAUAUUUUGGAGCUUGCUGAUGUUCUUGUAGAGCGUCCAUCGCAGUAUGCUAGGAGAGUAGAAGACAUCUCUUUAAUUUUCAAGAAUUUAUAUCACCUUCUGAAUUCUCUGCGUCCGCACCAGGCUAGAGCAACAUUGAUACAUAUCCUAGAACUGCAGAUACAGCGGCGUAAACAAGCUGUUGAGGACAUUAAAAGGAGAAGAGAAGAAGCACAAAGGCUUCUAACAGAGGCGCUUGGAACUCUCGAUGGACAAUGAAAGAUCAACUCAUGUCUUCAUGAUACGUUAUGCUUCUGAGUGCUAAACAAAUAAAGUAAUUCAGCAAAUGGGGCGACUUUGAAGACACUGUUGCAUUUGGAGCGUGCUUAUUUGAUAAUGUAGAAUCUGGGUACAAUACAUUGAAUUGAAAGAUACUUGUCUGAGUAGCCUACUCCUUGAAAUGUAUAGGGCAAAAUACUCAUCUACUUAUUGUGUCAGUACUUAUGUUCCUCCCCCUGAUGGUGUUUGUCGUUGGUGAUUAGUCUUGAUAAAUGAAAAUUAUUUAGGAUAAUCUAUUGAAAUUAACGAUCUUCUCGA